AGAGGAGAAAACUGGAGCUCACAGAGUUAGUAGUUUACCUGAGGUCACAAAGUAAAUUAGUGGCAGAGCCAGAAAUACAUCAUAGUUAUCAAGAGCUUUGUUUAUCUUAUCACAUGUAACAACUAUUAAGCAUCAAUUCCAGGCAAGGCAAUAUGUAGCUUGAGAUAAUACAUGUAAAAUGCCUAGAACCAAGUCUGGAACUAUUAGCUGUCAUCAUUAUCACAAUCAUCAUCAUUAUCAUGGUUAAGAGUACAAAUUUUGGUCUUAGCCAGACCUCGAUGUGAGUCCCAGUUCUGUCACUUAUUGUGUAACUGUGGACAAGCUACUUAAGUCCCAGUUUCUUUAUUUAUAAAAUGAGAAUAAAAAUAUCAACUUCACAGGAUAAUUGUGAGGAUUUAAUUAGAUAGUAUGUAUAAAGUGCUUCAAAUAUCACCUAGCAUGUUGAAACCGUUCAAAUAUUAGCUGUUCCAUUGUGAACAGCUGACCUAUGUACACAGGGAGUCAAACAAAGACACACAUAUAGCAUAUUGAUGGAACUUCUCUUUGAGCUGACAAAAAAGGAAGCCAGUCAGUUAACAACAUUUACUGAGUUUUCACUGUAUACAGGUAUCAGUACACAGUCAUGUGGAACAAAGAAAGUAAGAGAAGAAAUGCUAUUUUGGAUGUUAUAAUAUAUAAACUAUUUAUCAUCCACAACAAAUACACACCAACUACCUACACAGUGAUGAAUAAGACUUGAGUUUCUGCAAAGAGAUAGUCUAGUGGAAGCAGCAGCAAGAAAUUAGGCCAUUAUGACAUGGAGUGAUGUACACAUUGCAGAGCUAGGGCUGAGAGCUAUGGAAGGUUAUGAAAGGGCAUCUAAUCCACUAACAGUAAGGAAGUGUCAGGGAAAUUUCCUCAAAUGAAAGAAUAAGGAGUUGUCCAAAGAUGAGAAGAGUUGAAUAUAGCCUAAAGCAACAAACCUGCUGUGGGGGCCAGUCUUUCUUCAGCAGGAAGGAUUCCAUCCGCACCAUCUAUACUUCAUUGCAUAAUGAGCUGAAGAAGGUGGUGACUGGCCGUGGUGCCCUGGGUGGGACUGCUCCUCACGUGGAAGAACUCCUUUCCCACCUGUCAGAGCAGCUCUGCUUCUUUGUUCAGGCUCGGAUGGAGAUAGCAGACUUCUAUGAGAAGAUGUACACCCUCAGCACACAGAAGUUCAUCAAUGCUGAAGAGCUCGUUGGCCUUUUGGAUGCCAUCAUGAAAAAAUACAGCUCCAGAUUUCACCACCCAAUCCUCAGUCCUUUGGAAAGCAGUUUCCAGCUGGAAGUUGACGUCCUGUGUCAUCUCCUGAAAGCCCAGGCCCAGGUCUCAGAGUGGAAGUUCCUCCCAUCUCUGGUUAAUUUACACAGUGCGCACACCAAACUGCAGACGUGGGGCCAGAUCUUUGAGAAACAGCGGGAGACCAAGAAACAUCUGUUUGGAGGGCAGUCUCAGAAGGCCGUGCAGCCUCCACACCUUUUCCUUUGGCUGAUGAAACUCAAAAACAUGCUUCUUGCCAAGUUUAGCUUUUACUUUCAUGAGGCUCUGAGCCGACAAACGACUGCUUCAGAAAUGAAAACGUUGACAGCAAAAGCUAACCCAGACUUUUUUGGAAAGAUUUCCAGCUUCAUCAGAAAAUAUGAUGCUGCCAAUGUGUCCUUAAUUUUUGACAACAGAGGUUCUGAGAGUUUUCAGGGUCAUGGUUAUCACCACCCCCAUUCCUACAGAGAGGCCCCCAAGGGUGUGGACCAGUAUCCAGCUGUAGUGUCUCUGCCCAGCGACAGGCCAGUCAUGCACUGGCCCAAUGUCAUCAUGAUCAUGACGGACCGCACAUCUGAUCUGAACAGCUUGGAGAAAGUGGUCCACUUCUAUGAUGACAAAGUUCAGAGUACCUACUUCCUAACCCGCCCGGAACCUCACUUUACCAUUGUCGUCAUUUUUGAGUCAAAGAAAUCUGAGAGAGACUCCCACUUUAUUUCCUUCCUCAAUGAGCUCUCACUUGCCCUUAAGAACCCCAAAGUGUUUGCAAGUCUGAAACCUGGAUGCAAAGGUUCCUGUUACCAAUGCAAUUAUUUCGUGGCCUUUUGCCUGAAUUAUUCUAAGCUGCUUCUCCAGAGGAAAUGAGUCAGAAGAAAUAGGCUUGAUGUGCAUUUCUGCCUUUGGAGACUUCUCUUGAUAUGGUGUAAAUCCGUAAGGUUUCAUUAAUGCCUUGUCUGCAUAUUUUUUCAAUCUGCUUUUGAUAACAAGGUCUGUUUCUAGGGUACUUCAAAUUUAAAACCGUAGGGUAUGUGUAAAAUACCACCACUAGAAAAUGGAGAGAUGCAAAUGGGUUCCCCCUUCUGUAGUCCCUCCUAAUGUCAGAAUCUGGGGUUAGGGUUCUAAGUGAUGGUAUCACUCAGGAGAGGGUCACAAGAGGCAAUGACAUGGGAUUGCAUCCUGAAAGAUGACUGCUUAGACGCGCGGCGAGGAUGGCCGGAAAACGGAGGAUGGCGCUUGACAUUGAUCUAGGAAAGGAAGAUAGUCAUUGGGACUUUUGCUAACUUUGUCCCUAGAGAGUGAAUUCUGCUUUUGCUGGUCCUAAAAACUGUAGAGUAAUUCUACAAUCCAGUUAAAAACUGUAGAGUAAUUCUACAAUCCAGUUAAAAACUGUAGAGUAAUUCUACAAUCCAGUUAAAAACUGUAGAGUAAUUCUACAAUCCAGUUAAAUUUGUAAAUCUAAUGCCUGAUUCAAUCUGAGAUUUAUGACUCAGCCGGUUGAUCCAGCUUAGGUCUAGACUCAUUUCACUUUUGUUGUGACAAGAUAUGACAAUGUAGGGCACACCCUUUACCCCCCAGGGUCAUCCUGAUGUCAGUCAUUUCAGGCUAGGCCAGUGUCAGAGCAGUCCCUGAAGCAGAAGUGGAUGGAAAGAGGUGAAUGAUUUCUAAUAUUCAACAUUCAUUAAUUUAACAUCGACUAUGUUAAGGGUAAUGAUAUAGCAGUUAACCAAGACCAACAUGGUGUCUGCUUGGUUGAUGCUUGAAAUAAGGUGACCUGGCCCCAGCCACCUGGGUGGCCAGGAGCUGAAAGGGCUGUAACCAGUGGGCAGUGAAUAGUCUUCAAACUUGUUACUUGCAUACCUCCCUACAAAUUUUGGAAAAACCAUGAGACUCUGAUUGAUUUUUUAAAAGAAUAUCUAAAAUCAUUAUGUUUAAAUAGCCUCAAAAGAAGCAUUUUAUUAUGUAUUGUAAAUAUUGGCAUUUAAAAAUGUUAUUCGGUCUUUUAAAUGUAUCCAGCGAAAUCUUGGUACAAUAGAGAUUUGAUAGCUACCAUUUUCCAUUUUUAAAAAUACUUUAACACGCUUUGUAACAGUUGGAAAUAUUGUUUGAUUCCUUUUGCUCCCUGAACUCCAUUCUUCUUCUGAAGAAGAAUUUUAUCCUAAAAUGAAUUUAUUUUUUGCUUAACAGUCUUAUCGGUUACCUUAUUAAAUAUUACUCAGUAUAUUAUA